UACAUACAGAUCUGCUGCUUGUUUUUAUAUAUGAAGAUAUUGAAGGUAGCAUAAAUUAGGGCAAAAAUGAUGACAUCUUUACCCUACAGGAGAUCUCAUAACCCUAACAAACGCAUCUUCUUCUUCCCCAAUCUCCAUUAGAAUAUACCCACAAAAUCUCACAUAGGUCAAGCUCGAUCUGGAAUGGAUAAUCUCUGGGAGAACUUGAUCUUCCCCUCCAUUGAGUAUAAUUAUUAUCUGGGCGAUCAUCCACAACUACUCCACUACCAGAUCCCCUCGCAACAACCAAAUGAUUAUCGUCUCAUCAACAAAAUUACGUCAUAGAAGAUCCGACCAGCUGGAAUCCCAACCUUGAUAAUAUUAAUGAUUCUGGUAAGAGCUUUAAGAAGAAGAGGAAGAGAAGGGAGAUGAAGCUGCAGAGUGGUGAUGGUUAUGAUGAUAGUUGCAGAAGGGCUUUGCAUAGAGAUGUGGAGAAGCGAAGGAGGAAUCAAAUGGCUAAUCUUUAUGAAUCUCUUAGGUCCCUUCUUCCUCUUCAAUACAUCAAGGGAAAGCGGUCGGCAUCAGAUCACAUGCAAGCAUCAGUGAGCUACAUAAAAGAGCUGGAGAAGAAGGUUGAAGGGCUUCAUAAGCAAAAGAUGAUGAUGAAGACAUCAUCAAACAUGGUUGCAGUAGUGGAGAAAAGUGUGGAAGAAAAUGAAGCGAAAAGCGCAAAGUGGUGUUGGGCUAAUGAUACUUCUGUGGCGGUGAAUAAGUGUGAAGAUGGGGUGGAGAUUUUGAUGAACACUCGCCGCGCCGCCGCCACCGGCGGCGGCGGCGUAGCUUAUCCGCUCUCCAAACUGCUGGAGACACUGCUCCGGCAAGGCCUGAACGUCGUUAACUGUUGUUAUUCUCACCAGGAGGAUAGGUCGUUGCUCAGGAUUCAAUCUCAGGUAAAUGGAUGGUCUGAUGUAGAUGUAGCAGCACUGCAACAGAAAGUAGUUGAUGUGGUUAUUAAGCCCCAUUAAUUUGGCAACCAUACCUAUAUAUAGUAUAUGCAUGCAUAGAUGUUGUGGCUGGCUAGUUUCAUUGUAUUGUAGCUAAAAAAAAAAAAAAAAAGCAAAUCAAUCUUUGUUCCAAACUUAUCCAACACAUGUAUUUUUAUAUUAA